AUGAAUUUGUUUCUUGCCUUCUUACUUUGCAUCUUGCACGCAGCCGAAUGUCUUCCGCUCAACUCUCCGUUGCUGGACUCGUACGACUACAUUAUCGUUGGAGGUGGUCCAAGUGGACUUACAGUCGCGAACCGCCUUUCCGAGAAUCCUGCGACCAAUGUUCUCCUGCUCGAAGCUGGCCCAGCCGACAGCAAUGAGCCUUGGAUCCAGAUACCCUUCUUUGCAGGACAAGGUGUUGGUAGCUCUCUUGAUUGGAAUCUCCAGACGGUACCUCAGACAUUUCUGGACGGCAGGACUCGUGCACUGCCCCAAGGCAGAAACAGAGGCGGCAUUGGCGAUUACGACGACUGGGUGGCUCUAGGCAAUCCCGGAUGGAGCUUCUGGGAUCUGCUUCCGUAUUUCGUCAAAAGCGAGACCUUCACGCCUCAUCCACAAAGCGACGCUGCCAACGCGGUCGGCAUCAAUCAGAAUCCACUUGUCCAUGGCCACAGUGGUCCCGUCAACGUCAGCUUCUCGAACCAUAUCUAUAACGAGACGGUCAACUUCUUCUCGGCGCUGAACGAGCUGCAAAUGCCAGUGUCCUACGAUCCCAAUGACGGCACAACCGCUGGGGCAUCCUUUCUACCAUUAUCACUCAAUCCAGCAAAUCAAACCAGGUGCGAUGCUCGCUCGGCGUAUUUCGAGCCAUACGCCACGAGGCCUAACCUCUGGAUCUCUACAAACCAACACGUCACCCGCGUCUUGUUCGAAGGAGGAUCCGGCAAUCCCAAUACGACGAUACCUACUCCUGGCGAUUCCAGCGUGGGCCAAGGCAACUCAUACUCCAGACCUGAUGGCUUGUUCUCCAACAUCACUCAGAACGCUAUCGUGUCAAAACGCCCAAGACCAUGGCCCAUCAACUUAGUCCUCAAUGCGUUCACUUCCCGCUUCCGCAAGCAGAAGCGAGAGCCAACCAACACACCUAUAACUUCUGGUCCAGGUCUUUUGAAAGCUAAUGGUGUAGAGUUUGCUUCCGCAGCCUCCGCCCCCAGAAAGAAUAUCACUGUUGUCAGAGAGGUCAUCAUAGCUGCGGGGGCAAUACAUACCCCCCAAAUCCUCAAGCUAUCAGGCAUCGGCCCGUCAAGUGAACUGCAGCCACUCCAGAUACCCGUUAUGGUAGACCUUCCAGGUGUUGGUAUGAAUCUACAGGAUCACGCUCUCGUUGGAGUCUUUUACCCCUACCAGAGACCUACGUCUUUGACAAGUGUGCAAAUCGCAAGCAACUAUACGCUCUUCAACCAAUUUGGUGCCAUCUACCAAGCGAACAGAACCGGACCUUGGACUGCUGGACCUCCUGACGGCAAUGCAUUUCCUGCCCUCUCGGUCUUGACCAACAGCUCGCUUUCAAUCAUUACCAAAGCUCAGACUCAGAAAGCAACGCAUUGGCUGCCAACAGAUAUUCAUCCGAACGUGCUCGCAGGCUUUGACGCUCAGCGUCAGCUCUUGACCAAAGCUUUACAAGAUCCAAAGAGAGCGGUCUACGAGUUGCUAAACUUCAACUACGGCGCUUUCUCAAACGUGAACAUGAGGCCCUUCUCUCGCGGUACUGUCAAGUUGAUCUCGUCGCGCCCGUUCGAUCCUCCAAUCAUCGAUCCUCGAUACGGCUCGAACCCAGUUGACCUUGACAUCUUAUUAGCCUCGAUUGUGUACAAUCGCAAAGUGCUUGCAACAACACCAAUGAAACUACUACAGCCUCUCCAACUCAAUCCUAGCCCGAACGCUACAGACCAGGAGAUCUUAGAGUUCAUCAAGGCUAAUCUACAAACAGAGUUCCACCCAAGUGGUACUUGCGCCAUGUUGCCACUGGAUCUGGGAGGAGUCGUGGAUCCACAGCUACUCGUUUAUGGCACUCAGAACUUGAGACUGGUGGACGCAUCGAUCAUGCCAGUCAUCCCCGCAAGUCAUUUGCAAGCUGUCGUAUAUGGUGUAGCUGAGAAGGUCAGAACUGAACUGCGAGAGCCACUUUGA